UCUCUCUCUCUAAUGACUGAAAGUACACUGCUGGUGCAACAGUACCCCCAACACACACCCACGCCCACCCCCACACCCACACCCACACCCACACCCACACCCUCUCUUUUUCUAUUUGCCAUAACCCUUUAGUUGUUAGAUUCAGGUAACAAAAAGAGGACCUGCCAUGCACAGGAGUUUGAACAGAGAGAAUCCAGAUUAUUUUGGCUGUGAUGAUGAAGCAGAUAACGAGAGAGAUAUUAUAUAUGGAGAGAGAGAGAGGAGGGUAAGAGGGAUGGGCCCUUUAAGGCUGCAAGAGAAAUAAGUGGAACUGCUGCACCAAAGUGUAACUUAUAAUGGUUUUCUCACUCCUCUUACUCUCUCUAGAUCUAUCUGUAUCUCUAUGCUAUCUCUAUGUCCUUUGUUCUAACUCGUGUGGCUCUAUACGUCUAUCUUUUAUUAAUGGGUCCAUUUCAUUCAUCCUCUAAAAAGUCUCUAGCUGCCCAUUUUGUUGGCUAUUUCACCCAGUCUUGCUUGCUUUCUUUUUCGAUAAAUAUAAAUUAUAUUGAUCAAAAUCAUAUAUAAAUAAUUUGGGCAUUCCUGGGCAACCAAAUGUAAAUUAUAUUUACCACUCUUGCUUUCUUGCUUUUAGUGGGGUGGUGUUAAUGCAUGUUCAUUAAAUUUAUGACCCUUGUGUUAAAAAUCCUCUGGUUAAUGCAUCUCAUUAAAAGAAGAGUCUUAAGAAAUCAUGAUUCCUGAUGGGUUUUUGAGGCUCUGAAUUCUCAGUUUCUUGGUUUUUGGGAUUCUUGAAUCAAAUCCCACUUUUCUUCUUCACACAAGUAAAAACAUCUCACUUUUUAGAAUUAUAAUUUUAUUGGGUCUUGUUUGUGGGCGAACUUGCUUAUUUACUUGGACAAACAUGCUCUGAGAGGUAAGUUGGUCUACCGCUGGUUAGUGCAUGAGGCUUAUUUCUUGUAAGCCUUUUCACUGUCUCGUAUUCUUCUUUAUGACAAAAGGGAAAAAAAAUUGCGUUCUUUAACGUUGUUUGUUGGGUUUUGAUUUGUACACUGUUUAGAGAGAAAGGAAAAGCAAUUAUUUUCUCCUGAAGUCAUUGCUUAUAGGAGGAUUGAGCUUUUUGGCAUGUCAUUGGCAACCAUCAAUUGUUCUUGAAAGAACUGUCCUUUUGAAUAUUACAUUUUCUCAACAAGGCUCCAAGGGGCAGCUACAAUUGCGUGCAGGGUGCAUUACAAGAAGGUGGCGUUCUCAAUAUGUAACACAUUUAGCUGGAUAACAUUCUGCUGUUUCAGACUGAAACUCAUUUUAAACGUCCUUACUUUUUCGGGUUUACUCUUAUUCAAAUGACAAACCAAGAUCAGGCCAUGUCUGGAUUUUCCCUUCCUUUAGUUCUGCAAGGAGAACCUAUGAACAGUUAUGCUCCUGAUGCUGAUGAAUUUCGGAGCUUGCAACCUGGGAAGGACACCAUUAGAGAUUUCUCAACUGUCGCGUCAUAUUCUGUCAAUGGCAAUCCAAUUCUUGAUCAAUUUGUUGAGGGAAUUCCCCUUUCCGGUUCGUCCUUUGCUACCCUUCCAGGUGCGAGAUGUAAUAAUAUGGAGAAUCCCAAUAACUUUUCAACUUCUAGUCCUUUUGAGUAUCCCUUGGAAUGCCCAAGAAACAUUGUCCCAAGUGACUACACUAACGUGAUGAAUUCUUCAUGUGGAACCAUGAAUUAUGCAUUCAAUGAUUUACCUUUUGAUACAAGCAGCAGAUGGGACUUCAGCAAAUCCCUAACUUCGCCAGAACUUGUUGGGACAGUCAUACCACGUCCAACAGGAAAUUCCACUUCGAAUGGGUGGAUAUUACCAGAACGUGGCAGCUUGACUACUAAUAGCCCAGGCUCAUGCCUAUUCAGUAACGAGCUGUCCCUUAGUCUUGCUACAUCUCGACCUUCUGUUAUAAACAGGACAUCUGUUCAAGAACCAUGUUUGGAGAUGAGCUCGUCUGGGAUGAACAGCUAUUCUUUGCAUCAAAGGCGGCACAUUGGUUCAGAACAAACGUCUUGCAACAGUAACAAUGUUUCAUUGAGCUUUAAUUCUUCUAAGCCAGUUGAAAUUUCACAUCUGUUAUUGGGAUCAAGUUAUUUCCAUGUGAUGCAAGAAAUACUUGCUGAAAUUGCUUGCUUUGCACUUGAAAAUUUUGAUCAAACGAACUAUUCGACUACUGGGAUUGAGGAUAGGAAAGAUAUUUCUUUUUCUUUAGCAGGAAGAUGCUAUUCUGCUUCAACUCCUCCUGGUUAUCCUGAUGGGGACUGUCUAAUCAUGGAUCGAGGGAAUCAUAUUUUGCAAGACCUAGAAGUUGAAACAAAGAAAAAGCAUCUGCUGGCUUUGUUGCAAGUGGUUGAUGACCGCUUCAACCAAUGCUUAGACGAGAUCCAUACAGCUGUAUCUGCAUUUCAUGCUGUAACUGAGUUGGAUCCUAAUAUACUUGCUCGAUUUGCUCUUCCAACAAUCUCUUUCAUGUAUAAAAACCUUCGGGACAGAAUUAGCUGCCACAUUCUUGCGAUGGGAGCAAAUUUUAGCGAGGGAAGGGAAAAAGAAGAGAAGUCAUUUGAAGCAUCCUUCAUUGAUAAACAGUGGGCUCUUCAGCAGCUAAGAAAGAGAGAUCAUCCGUUAUGGAGGCCCCAACGAGGGUUGCCCGAAAGAUCUGUCUCCGUCUUGAGGGCUUGGAUGUUUCAGAAUUUUCUUCACCCGUACCCCAAGGAUGCUGAGAAGCAUUUGCUCGCUUUAAAAAGUGGAUUGACAAGAAGCCAGGUGUCCAACUGGUUUAUAAAUGCUCGUGUUCGUCUCUGGAAGCCAAUGAUAGAGGAAAUGUACGCGGAGAUGAACAGAAGAAAAGGUCGCCGGAAUAAUGAAGGAACUGACAGCAACUAUAGAAAUCGUAUGGUCUUCGAGAAUACCAGGUUUAUGAUGAAUUAACAUGGUAAAGAAAAGGAUUAUUCUGUAAUACAUGAUAGUAGUAAAUUGCAGAAUCUAGUUAAGUUACAACUGUAAAUUUAUUCAGUGUAACUGAACUUCAGCUAUAUAAUUAUAAAUAUUUUGUUAUCUUUAGA